AUGGUACAGUACACUGUGACAAAGUUUCAUGCCACGGAGGAGAACGAUCCGAUGGAAAUCACGAAUAAGGAAUGGAAGGAGAAGCUCACACCUGAGCAGUAUUUCGUGACGAGAGAGAAAGGAACGGAGAUGCCUUUCAGUGGGAAAUACUUGCUCCACGGUGAGAAAGGAAUUUAUACCUGCAUCUGCUGCGAGGCCCUGCUAUUCAGUUCCGAGGCCAAGUUUGACUCGCAUUCAGGCUGGCCAUCCUUCUACGAAGCUUACGGUGCCAAGGCCGGCGGAGAUGGCAUGCAGACGAACAUCUUAGCACGAUCCGACAACAAGUACAAUACAAACAGAACGGAGGUGAUCUGUAAAAAGUGUGAUGCACAUCUGGGUCAUGUGUUUGAUGAUGGACCGCAGCCAACAGGACUUAGGUUCUGCAUAAACAGCGAUGCUCUAAACUUCAAGAAAGAAGCAUAAAAUUCCUCCAUGGCAGUGUUGCAUGUAGGACAGGCAGGAGUUUGGUAUUGCGGAGAGGAAUUAGGAGAAAAUAGUAAGGAGUCACGUUGGGAAGGGAUGAUCAAGUCCAAUAGGGCAGGAGGGGAUGAGUUAGGUAGGUUUAUAUAGAUCCCUACUAGUGCUAAAUGAGCCACAUCACAUGGCUCGCAUGUUCUACCUCAGUUUGGUUUUUCUGAGAGUUGUAAAUUAUACAUAUACGGUGAGUUAUGGUAUGUGGUUAGCAGAGCAUAGUAAAGGGUGAUCUGGAUAAUAUCAUUAGUGGGAAAAAACAAAAUGAAUUAAUGAAUUGCAGUUUAUUGUCGGCAAGUUCUGGUGUGCCUUCAGCUGCGUUUACACUAUCGAUUUUUGUCAGCAAAUCGUCCGAGUCGUGCAAAAUAGAACACGUUUUAUUUCUCC